UGAAAUAAUUUUUUAAUAGGAAAGUGAAGAAAAGUUGGGCCAUGCAAGUUGGAUGCAGGUCCAAAUGUGGCGAAAGAAGCGCGUGCAAUGCACUUGCUCUUGGCACUUAACGGGACCGUCACCACGCGUGACGGCAGAUACCAGACCAACUCACGGAACGCAGGCUCCGUCAAAGCCUCGCACGCACACCUUCUCUCAACGCCGAACGCCCUAUUCUCUUUCCCUAACGUCCCCGACGACGCCGUAACGUCCUCCCUCACCCCUUAUGGCCUCUUGCGACGACGACGACGACUUCUCUCUCCUCCGCGACGACAACCACCACCUCCACCAGCCCUACGCGCCGCACCACCACUUCUCCCCCGCCGCCGUCCCCGUCCCGCCCAAACCCGUCUCCGAGGACUACGCCAACCCCUUCGACGACGACGGCGCCAGCGAGAAGCGCAAGGACCGCGACGAGAUCGGCGAGGGAGCCUCGUCCUACGGAUUUAAUAAGAGAUCCAAGCCGCCGUCCAGCGCCGCUGCCGCCGCCGCCGAGUACCGGAAGGACCGGGAGGAGUGGAGCGACACGGCGAUCGAGUGCCUGCUGGAGGCGUACACCGAGAAGUUCACGCAGCUGAAUCGCGGAAACCUAAGGGGAAGGGAUUGGGAGGAGGUAGCGGCGGUGGUGAGCGAACGGUGCGAGAACCAAUCGAAGAGCGUGGAACAGUGUAAGAACAAGGUCGAUAACCUAAAGAAGAGGUAUAAAUUGGAGAGGCAUAGAAUGAGCAGUGGCUGCAUUUCCACCAGUCUCUGGCCUUGGUUCAAGCAAUUGGAACAGAUCGUCGGAAAUUCUCUCUCGGCGAAGUUCUCCGACGAGGAUAAAGCGGUUGUUUCUGCCGGAACUUCUCCCAGGCAAUCGAAGAGAUAUGGAGUGGCAACGCCCACCACUGGAGGUCAAGCUAAUAGCAUGAAGUCCAAAGCAUUGUCAAACCUUAGAUGGCGAAGGGUAGUCCUCAAAAUUAGUGGAGCAGCUCUUACUGGAUCUGAUACCUGCAAUAUUGACCCUAAGGUGGCCAUGUUAGUUUCAAGAGAAGUUGCCAUAGCUUCCCGCCUUGGUGUGGAGGUGGCGAUUGUUGUUGGAGGUCGUAAUUUCUUCUCUGGAGAUGCAUGGGUAACUGCAACAGGUUUGGAAAGAUGUACUGCGUACCAAGUAGGCAUGAUGGCAACCGUGAUGAAUUCAAUAUUGCUCCAAUCGACUCUUGAGAAGAUGGGUGUUCAGACUCGUGUACAAACUUCAGUUGCCAUGCAGGAGUUUGCUGAACCAUACAAUAGGCAGCGGGCCAUCAGACAUCUGGAGAAAGGAAGAGUUGUUAUAUUUGGUGGCAUUGGUUUUGGUGCUGGCAAUCCACUUUUCUCAACUGACGUAGCUACAGCUCUCCGUGCUUCAGAGCUGAAUGCUGAAGCAGUCCUCAAGGGUACUAACGUUGAUGGUGUAUAUGACUGCAACUCACGAGAUAACAAUUUCACUUUUGAGCACAUAUCCUUUAGAGAGCUGGGAUCAAGAGGCGUCACCUCUAUGGAUAUGUCAGCACUGACAUUCUGUGAGGAAAAUUCUAUUCCUGUUGUGGUUUUUAAUCUCCUGGAGCCUGGGAACAUCUCAAAAGCUUUGUGCGGAGAACAAGUUGGCACACUAAUUGACCAAACUGGAGCAAUAAGCUAACAGUUAAUUCAGUCAGUUCAAUUAUUAUUAUUCACACUGGAGUCAUCAAGUUGAGUGGGAUGCUUGGCAUGACCGAGAUUCUUGUAGAAGAACAUAUCAAAUCUGGACAGAUUCAGAGCGUGUGUGACUAAGUUAGUGGAAAUUGUACUUUGGAACUGUAAUCAAAUUCCCUAUAAAUGAUUUUAGGUGGUGGUUGUACUUUUAAUAAACGUCUGUAGAAAGAAAAAAAUGAUGUUUUUGUACAUUAUUCCUAGAUGAAUUGUAGAAUAGUAAUGUGUUAGCAGUAGUCACCCUUUGUUAGUAAAUGUAAACAGACACAGAGUAAUUAAACGUUAUUUAUCAUUGCAA